UUCACUUGUUUGAGUGGUGGAGAGACUUCCCGCCAGAAUCAAUCAGCUGAUGGCCUGUGUAGUGUGUGUACUAUUAUUGUGAAACAGAAGCAAUACAAGACUUAGUGCACCAUGUCAGGCCUCCUUGAAGGGUGCAAAGAAUGCUUUGGAACGCAGAACUUGUAUGAGGUGCUGCAGGUCCAGAACAAGGCCAGCGAGAACGAGGUAAAGAAGGCCUACCACAAAGUGUCCCUGAAGGUCCAUCCAGAUAGAGUGGAUGAGGGGGAGAAGCAGGAAGCCACACGCAAGUUCCAGAUUCUGGGGAAGGUUUACUGCAUUCUCUCUGAUCCAGAGAAGCGGGCCGUGUAUGAUGAGACAGGAGAGGUGGAUGAGGAGAACACUCCUGAAGAUAAAGACUGGAAUCAGUAUUGGAGGCUCCUUUUCAAGAAAAUAACUAUAGAGAGCAUCAAAAACUUUGAACGUGAAUAUAAAGAAUCUGAGGAAGAGUUGAAUGAUCUGAAGCAAGCCUAUCUGGAUGGGAAGGGAAGCAUGGACUACAUCAUGACAAAUGUUCUAUGUUGCACUAUUGAUGAUGAGCCAAGAUUUACCAAGAUAUUACAAGGUUGGAUAAAAGAGAAUGAGGUGCCAAAGUUUGAUAGCUUUACCAAGGAGAGCAAGAAAAAGAAGGAGAGCAGGAAGCGUAAAGCCAAGGCAGAAGAAGCAGAAGCAGAGGAGAUGAAAAAGCAAUUGGGCUUAAAUGAUACAGCAGACAGCUUGCAGGCUCUUAUUCUUGAGCGAAAUAAGAAGCGAGCAGGGGAAAUGGAUUCCUUCCUAGAUUCCCUAGCAGCUAAAUAUGGUGGUGGAGCAGGAGGUAAAAAGAGCAACAAGAAGUCAGGAAAGAAAUGAAAUUUUACAGGCUAUGAUAUGCCAGACUGUGCUCUGUAAAGUGAGCAAAUUUUCUCUUGUAAAGUGAUAAAACUUUCAAAAGCUUUAUAUUUUUGGUGUAUGUGUGUGUGUUUUCAUUCCUAAUAAUUAUUGUUCUCACCUAAUUAUCUUUUUAGAAGACUGAGUCAAGCCUGUCCUGUGCGAAUGUUUUUUUGGCACACACAACUUCCAAUUAUGUGUUCCUCCUUUGUGGAAAGCUGAUUUUAAAAAAAAUCCCAGCUUUCAUUGAACUUUAAUAUCACAUUGGUAACUGUCUAGGUACUGUAUCUCUCUCUCUCUCUCUCUCUCUCUCUCUCUCUCUCUCUCUCUCUCUCUCUCUCUCUCUCUCUCUCUCUCUCUCUCUCUCUCUCUCUCUCUCUCUCUCUCUCUCUCUCUCUCUCUCUCUCUCUCUCUCUCUCUCUCUCUCUCUCUCUCUCUCUCUCUCUCUCUCUUUCUCUCUCCUUCCCACUAAUGUAACUCACUUAAGUCAGGCCAGGCACUUUUUUAUUUAGGAUUUUACAACUUCUUCCUUUGUAAUGUAAAUCUUGCCUUGGUUAACUAUGCAGAGUUUUACUCUUACAUAACUGAAAAAUAAGAAAAGUGUGUGUGUAUGUGUGUGAGUGUGUGUACAUGUGUUUGUAAAAGCCUGUACAGUGAUCCCUUGACAUUUGUAGGGUUAAAGGAAAGACAUCCGACAAAAGUGUGAAAUCUGCAAAUGAUUACCGAGUACUACCUAUUUCAUGUCCAAAAAAUUACUUCAGUGAAAAUACAAUAAAAUAUCAGUCACAACAGAUUAAGUCAUCCCUAUUCCACACACCACAUUCACUAAACGAACAUGAUAAAUAUAUAGGACUUAGCAUGAUCACCUUUUCACUUGAGUUCUUGUACCAGUCUGCUUGAGAAUUUUUUUUUUUUUUUUUUCCAGUGAAGAUGGUUGAAUUUGCUUUGUAAUUCUCCAAAAAAUCUCAUAAUUAUCUUGUAACAGUGAUGGGCAUUUUGAAACUAAAGGUUAUCUUAUGACCUCAAACCAGUUGGGGCUUUACCCACAUGGAAUCCUUGGGACACUGAGAAAGAGGCCUGAGUCAACUUAGUCACUCAGCAGACAGCAGAUUGCAGUUGAAAGUUCCUGGGUAGAUCAAUUAUAGCAUUUUCAACCAGCUUAAUCAUAUUAAUAUUUGCAAAUCAAAUCACUACAACUCCAAAGUUGUAUCCCCUAUCUGAAUUCCAUUUAUGGUAGAAUAAUUAAUGCAUGCGUACAAUUGGGGCAUACCUAAAAGCGAUAAAGUGAGAGGACUGGUAAUCCUCACUAUUUUUCUUCCUACAAUGAGACAAGGUAUAAUGUCUCAGCUACUUAUCUUUCGGAGACUAUAUUCUUGCUAUGCUUGGAUACUACUAGAUACUAGAUAGAGGCCAAUACUGAAAGUUCAAUAAUCUAAGACCUUUUCCAUCUCAAAGUGAUGGGUACAAAUCACAGCAUGGGAUAUAUCUUCAAUAGUCAUUUGAUUCCAAGAAUUAGAUUCUUAACGGUAUAGUAUUUUUAGAAUUUAAUUAUAAAAAAAACAAUAAAAUUAUUAUAUUUUAA